GUUGAGGCUCUGCCUCAUGACCACACCCAUUUCCGGUCUAGGCGUCUUCGGCACCCCACCCCCUCCGCCGGGUGCCUCACCUCGAGGACCACUUUGCGCAUGCGCCCUAGGUCCUGAAGGUAAGCCGCCGUGUGGGGGUGGUCGCGGUGAAUGUGCAAGGCCGCGGUGGCUGCGUGACAAGCCUGCGCUACCAGUGCGCCUGCUGGCCAGGCGAAUGGAGCCUGCGAUAGAUCCUUUCGUAACACCAAGUACUGGACUAGGAUCUGCGGAUCUGCGCCAGAGGCCGCCAUCUUCCGGGCCCACAGAAAGACCGACCCUGCUCCCCGGUGCAUGCCGGGAUGAGGGAGGGGCCCUGAGCGCAACCAUGUUUUUGUACGUUGGGGGCGCAAAGCACGCUGGGUCUGAUUGGUGUGGUUUUUGAAGGCGUGGACGGCGGGAACUCUCAACCUUGGUCUGGGUGAGCGAGACGAGAGGAGGUAAGGGAGAAAAGAAGACCUGGUGACGGACGGGACCGUGGCCGGGGUGGAACGCUGAACGGCUUCUAAAGCCCUGUUUGGGGCCCGCGCGGGAGCAGCAAGGAAAUCUGGGUCCCUAUUAAGGCUUGCCUGCACAUCUUCAUAGGAAGGCCGGCGGGAGUCCGAGGAGAUGGAGUGGGCGAAUGACAAGUCCAAAGGAGGUGUUUUAGCGCACUUGGAAAGACUGGAGACUCAGACGAACCGAUCCCGGAAAAACUUAGAUCCGCAGACAGAGACCGCAGAGAGCGCUCUUGAGGCCAAGAUUCAUAAACUGAGGUGUCUGCGCGAUAAGCUCAGGGCUGAAGUGAAAGAGCGGCAAGCCCGAGUUAAAGCAUCUACUGCCAGUGUGGAACCCGACCAAACACUGGAGGUCAACGAGCAAGAAGCUGUGGAAGGAAAACAGGAAAAUAUGAAAGCCAUUCUGCAGGCAUAUCGUUUUACAGGGCUCAGUGGGAAACUGACCAGCCGCGGGGUCUGUGUCUGCAUCAGCACCGCUUUUGAGGGAAAUCUGCUGGGUUCCUAUUUUGUCGACCUUGUCAUCCAGAAGCCACUUCGGAUACAUCACCAUUCAAUUCCAGUCUUCAUUCCCCUAGAGGAGAUCUCUGCAAAAUACCUACAGACUAAUAUUCAGCACUUCCUGUUCUGUCUCUGCGAACACCUAAAUGCUUAUGCCGGAAGGAAGUACCAGGCAGAUCAGCUUCAGAGUGACUUUGCAGGCUUUCUGGCUGGGCCCUUGCGGAGAAACUCGCUGUGCAACCUGCUGUCAUUUACUUACAAAGUGGAGCCACACGGUCAGUCAUUCCCAUUUUGUGCUAGACUGCUGUAUAAGGACCUCACGACAACCCUUCCAACCGACGUCACCAUUACGUACCAAGGGACGGACGCGUUGUCCACUUCAUGGGAAGAACAGCGAGUGUGCCAUGAAAAUCUGUUUUUAACGAAGCCCCUGCAUCAAGUGUUCACUUCGUUUACAAGAAAAGGAGAAAAGUUGGAUAUGAGCCUGGUCUCCUAGAAUACGAUUUUCAUGGGGAACACAUCAAAAGUAAAAGGAAGAUAUUGCACUUUCUGCUCUCACAACUAAGGUGGCAGGGUUCCAGAAGAACCGUUCAAGAUUAUCAGGAACACGUGCAUGAGGGCGGCUCGCCCAGCCUGGCCCACCCGGAGACCAGCGGCGCCCCGGCUGGAGACGGCCUCUGCGCACCGCGGAGCACGGCUGUCUGCUAGCUGCAGGCCCGCCGGGUCCUCGGCCGCAGCCCGGUGGCAGAGGCAGCUUUGUCCCCCCUCGGAUACGUUCCUGCUCACAGUGGCCAUGGCCUCUCUGGGGGAAGGAGGGCUGGUCAGACCCACAGCUCUGGAAGGAUUGUUCCAGUGCUAUGCCUAAGACCCCUACUCUCUGAGGAAGCUACAGGCACGCUGAGAAUAAUAGUAUGGCCACCCUCAGAGCUCACGCAUCCAUGAACAAAGGAAGGCUUGAGGAGAUUUUUAAACCUAAAGUCUAUGUGAGUGUGCACUUCAACAGUCUAGGCAGGCUGGGACUGGGUCAUCUGUCCUUUCCAAGGCCUUUGAUUCCAAAAAACAGAGUCUCCUUUCCCAUGUGGACCACUGUGGGGCGAGCGGCUGUUCAGGAGUUGUCCACCACCUGGUGGGGCAGGGUGACCGAGGAGCCGUUGGGGAAGACAGCUGGCUUCUCCCGCCCCUUCAAGAAAAAGGUCAGCAGCUCCCCCUUCCCCUUCACAAAGAUGGGCCCUCGCCUCACAAAGCGGAAGCCAUACUCCCGAAGGAUGGCUUGUGUUUCUUCCACCACCUGUGGAGGGAGAACAGAGAGAGUUCAGACCACAGCUGCCCAGAGGGUGUCCACACUGUGGUCCACAGGCCCCAGGGAGCCCACCGGGAGUACACGCCCCUUAUCUGCACACCAGCAGGCCCAGGGUUGCUUGGGGCCUUCCCCUUUCCUGGGGACAGUGCUCCCUGUCCCCAGAGGACAGCCUCAGGUCACCAGUAUGACAGUAUCAAUCUUUGUUUUGUCCCCUCUCCCCAUUUUGUGGUGCUUUCCUGCCAUGGGGGUCCAUGUUGGAGGCACAACAUGUUAGAAAGUUCCUACCAAGAGGCAGGAUAGGCUUAUCGGGAACUUAUGCAUAAAUUUUGGAAACGGGAUUGAAGUAUUUCCUCUUUUCUACUGCGGCAUCCCUUACCACCCCCAUCCCCCGCCUCGCCUUUAAUCUCCCAGAAGUACCAGCUUGAUAGUCUGAGCCAAGAAAGGAGGCAGUAGUGUGUGCAAGGCAUGUCCUAUUCCAACUUCAUUCCUGGUCCCUGGGUCUGAGCACAGGCUCAGCUCUCUUGCCGGAUGUACCUGAAUGUUGCCCAUGACCCCUGUGGACUCCAUCCUGCUGGCUACGUUGACCGUAUUGCCCCAGAUGUCAUAGUGUGGUUUCCGGGCUCCAAUGACCCCAGCCAGUACCCCUCCUUUGUUCAUGCCUGGUGUAGAAGCAUAAACUUAAGCAGAGUCACAAGCAGUAUUUUGUCACUAUAUGAUUUCAGAAGCCACCAACUCCUCCCAGAGAAUUUACCACAUGACCCCAACCACAAAACUCCUAAGUCUGUGACAUACUCUUCCUGAAGCUUGUCUCUAAGCCACCAGACGGCAGGUAUGUCUCCUGUUUAUCCUGUCCUUGGCAAAGGUCACCUGUCCCCAAUAUGCUAACUAAUCUAUGCAGUGUGGAAGUUGACAGUUGUAACAUAUACCCGGUAACUCCAAGUGUCUUGUGACCUCACCCAGGACUGAGGACCCCCACCCCCACCCCCAGUAGGGGCAGUAGGUGACAUGAACUCCUCACAGGCUGGACGGAGGCAAUGAAGGCCUUAGCAAGCAUACAAGACUGCUCGGGGAAAUAGGGGGCCCUGUUGCCGUACAGCAAUACGCAUACCUGACUUCAAAGGCAUGCGUAUUGCUGUCAACAGUACAGUACAGAAUGCAGAGAGCUGCGUCAUUUUGUCAGAUGUGCAGUCUGAUCAUCUGGAAGAGGUCCCUGAGGUCCCAGCGCUGUGACUGUGUGACCCUCCCCCACCUAAAUGCUCAAGGGCUAAGUCCUCCUCCCUAUUGAUCUGCUGAGUCCUUUGUGUGAGAGGAGCAGACGAGCCUGAAACCCUUACCUAUGCGCAGCAUGAAGUUGUUGAAGGACUGGUUGUUGAUGUUGGUGAGCGUGUCCUUCAUGGCCAGGGCGAAGUCGGCCAGGUCGGCUAGGUGCUGCCAGCGCUCCCGGUCGGACUUUUCUUCCUGCGCCAGGGAGCAGCCGUGAGGGCGGCAGGAGCCACUGUGGGCACCUGCCUCCCCUUCCUGGUACUCUGAGGUGGAUUCCUACGGCUACGUGUUAACACCUCAUUUUCCACUUCCUCCCACAGACGAGUCUGUGACCUCUAUCUCUGUGUGUCAUUGACACUUCAUCUGGGACCCUUUGGGUCCAUGGCAAAGCCUGUCCAGCCAAGUCCCCUCCUGUCUGCCAGUAGUCCUGCCUGAAAACCACCCAGCCUGAACCAGGUCUGGUAAUUUUGAGAUAGCUGUCCUCACUUUGUUUCCUGAACUAGAUUAUAAGCACUUAAAGGUCAUGAACCAUCCUAGAUGCAUUUCGUUAACUUCGUCCAUAGAAUGGAGAUGGUAGCAACAUGUACACAUGUCUAGGACGGUUAUAAGAUAAAAUGGGAUGAGAAUAGUUUAAGAAGAACUCCUGGGACCAGGGCCCCCACAGCUCCUCUCCUGGAAUGAGCUAGCUCAGCAGCUAGGUGCACGGGUCAGAUUCAACAUGAAAACGGGCCGAUGCCAGCUGGUAAGCUCUGAGACCCCUUUUCUAAUCAAACUACUUCCCAAGCUGAAUGUCUUCAUUGUUACAUAAUUGUGUGGAUGGUUUCUACUCCCCAGUUCUUUAGAAAGUACAGAACAUGAAGGGAGCACGGCCACAGCUAAAGCAUCUUACACCCGGUCUGAGCUGUGCGGUAAUAGAGGGGUUGUGUGUCCUACAAUUUCUCUGCUCGUUAAACUUUGCCAAUAAAUCUGAUUUUAAAUUUGCA